UUCCGUCGUGAGUGUCACUCUUCCCAUUUCGUUUUCAACCAGCAAGUUAACUGGUUCAGCGCUGCUCAAAAUAAAAAGAUUUGAUUAUCUCGACCAGAUAAAUUGCUAAUAAUGGCUGCUGCUCCUAAGGAUAUUGAGAAGCCCCAUGGCGGCGAUUCUACUUCUGUGCACCGCAUUCGUAUCACUCUGACCUCGAGGAACGUACGCUCCUUGGAGAACGUGUGCCGCGACUUGAUCAACGGUGCUAAGAACCAGAAUCUGCGUGUUAAGGGCCCAGUGCGCAUGCCGACCAAGACCCUACGCAUUACCACCCGCAAGACCCCUUGCGGUGAGGGUUCCAAGACCUGGGAUCGUUUCCAGAUGAGAAUCCACAAACGCAUCAUCGAUUUGCAUUCGCCAUCUGAGAUCGUGAAGAAGAUCACCUCCAUCAACAUUGAACCCGGAGUAGAGGUUGAGGUUACCAUUGCCAAUUAAAAUCGGCUAACGACCUUUCGCUUACCAUUACGAAAAGUUUCGUAUUUUAAUAAAAAAA